CAUUCGGAAGAUGAAUCCAAUUUUAUUAUGCGUCAGUCAGCCAACACGAGAUCAUCUUCAUUCAUUCGGCGCAAUGUUUGGAUAGGAUUGUACAGAUCGCUGGAUGAUGACAGUUACUCGUGGACAGACAAUUCAGCUCUGUCUUAUCUAAACUGGCAGGAAAAAGAACCUACAAAAAGUGGUGGACUGUUUAAAGAGGUUUGCACCGAAUUAUCUGUGUCGAAUGGCAAAUGGUACGAUACGACAUGUAACAAAAUUGGAAUUUCAGUUUGUAAGAUACCAAAAAUGUUAGACGGAUCUGGAAAUUCUGGAAAAACUAUAGGUCCAAAGCCCGCAGCAAGUAACAUUGCUCUUCCAAUUAUUUUGGUUUUCGUCGUGCUGAUUAUAAUUGGAUUUGCGUGUGUAGUGUUUUAUUAUUAUAAAUCACGAAGUGGAAAAGGAAACUACGUUCUUCAGCUGCCUAGCGUAUCAUUUCGUGACUUCUUGUCAACAACUCCUGGCCUGCGAACCUUCAUGACGUCUGGUUCAGGCGAUCAACAAGGUCUUGUAGAAGAAGUUGGAGACGACGAAGGAGACUCGCUUAUGAGUAAAGAUGGUGGAUAUAGAUAAAAUUCAAAAACUGUGACUAUAUAUAUUUCAAAAUUAUUGAAAGCAGUGCCAACUUAUACUUAAUUACAUAAGUAGGAGUAGUUCAUCCUCUGACUGGCUUUUCUCAAAGUAAUUUUCUAACCUGCAUUUUUGAAUGAAUAUAGUCGAAGAGCCUUUCAUUGAUAAUGUGUAAAGGCCUUAAAACUUUUGUCUUCACUAUCAAAAUCAUACAGACGAGCUAUUGUUGACGCAACACCCCACUCGAAGACUACCAUUUCAUAAAAUUUGUAUUAAUAAAUUUGAUGUUUUCAAAAGUAUGGAUAAUAAUAUUUUUGAGAAAAAACUUAGUUUUUAAAAUUUCAGUUGAAAUCUUAAUAACAAGUUGGAAGAAUUACAUAUUUGAUUUUGUUGAAAUUGCACUCGUAAUAAUAGUGCAGUUUUAUAAGUGCAAUUUGUAUUAAAAUUAUUCCAAAUAAAUUCCAUUUGUUAUAA